AUGGUUAGAGAAGUAAAGCUAAUCAAGGAUAUUCAAGCUCAACAGAGAUUGGAUAAUGUGAUUGGAAUAGCGAUUGAAAUCAAGCCAAAAAAGGAGAUAAUCACGAAUGAUGGUUUAGAGAUUGUCCAAGAGAUGACUUUGAUGAAUGAUAAUAUGGAUGCUGUGAUGCUUACCAUGUGGAACCAAUUUGUGACCAAUGAAUGUAUCUCACUUUCAACCAAAUCCUCCAGUUCGUUUGUUAUUGAACCGGAGAUACCACAAGCAGCUACUUUAUCAAUUUGGUAUAAUGCUAAUGCUGAAAAAGCCAUGGACAUAAUAUGUGAAAGGAUUGGUCUUGAGACAAAGUCACUGUCUACACUUCCUUCUGCUGAGGACAUCGUUACCAUUAAGAUGAUAGAUAAUCAACUUAAUACGAGGAGAAGUUUUUGGAUCAAUGGUCACAUCAAAGUGACAAAUUUGAUUCAACCUUUUUGGUACUUAACCUGUGAAAAAUGCACAAAAGCAACUGGAUAUGAAUUUGAACAGAGGUUUAACUGCUUGUAUUGCAGACAUGAUCAAGUUAAAGCUAUGCCAAGGUGCCGAGUCAUUGUUGAUUUGAUAGAUGAAUCUUCAUCUUUGAAUGCUACAUUGUUCGGAAAUCAAGCUGAAAAUUUUCUUGAUACUUCAAAUGAUGCUGAAGUUAGUCAAGUUUUAGAAAUCGUUGAAGAGCAAAGUGGAAAAUCAUUAGGCAUAAUUGAAUUGAGAGAUAUAUCUGGAAGUGUUGACAAUGCUAAGAUAGAGCAAAUGAGCAAUGAAGAUAAAGUCCUAGCUGAUUUGGUUUCAAAGCCUACUGCAAGAAACAAUGCAACAAAGAAACUAAAGCUGAUGAUUUCCAAAAGUGCAGAUGAGGCAGAUCCAAUAGCGCUGAAUGUUGAAAGUUCUCAUCUAGAAUUUGGUGAAGGGGGUAGGAAGCAGUUUGCCGAGCUUAAAGACAAUGCUUAA